AUGGCGGAUCUGGGUGGUCAACGUAACCGGGCCUACCGGCCUCACGGACCGGCCUCGUCAACACAACGGGAUGCUGCGUUUUCCGAUAUUUUCGGAGGCGCACCCCCCGCAGGACGCUCCCAAACCAUGAAUUCGCAAACUCCUCAAUUCUCUCAAGGCCGUGCUCACACUAUGUCAUCGCAUGUGGUACACCCUCAAUUCUCGAGACCGCCGCCGACGCCCACGCGGCAAGUGCCCAAUGGAUACGGACCACCAUCAGCACCACCUAAUGGAUAUCCCCCACCGCCACCAUCUGGACAAUAUCAAGCAUACAACCCAGGAGCUGCAACAAUGUCCUCACAUCAGCCACCUCGACCGCACCCUGGGGCCCAACAACGAUUCGCCGCUUACCCUCGCCCGCAACGCCUCGAGACGCGGCCAAGCCCAUCUCCGCAGUAUCCAGAGUCCCGAGAUUUCAAUCGCCCGAUGCCCCCACCUGCGUUGAACUCCGAUGCAUCUCGAUCAAGAUCGAUGGCAAAGUUGAGCGGGCCGCCCCAUCAAAAUCCACCUAGCAAUUUCAACCACACCUCCGCUAUUGCCUCCCGCCGCGAGCAAUAUCACACUGGGGCUCCGAUAACUCAAUUGGGCCGUCCUGUGCCGGAGAAAAAUACCAACGAGCGAGCUAUGUCCUUGACCUCCUGGUCGUCAGAUCGAGAUGCGCAUAUUAUGAACAGCGGAAGAUCGAUUCCGUAUCGCAGACCACCAUCAGGCCAUGAUCAGCAAAAUGUGACGCGCGAUGCAGUGCCGAUUACCCCAAGAAGCGAUUCGAUGACAAAGCCUAGUCCUGAGGGGUAUGUGACUUCCCGCCAACCUAGCGACGCAUCAGCUAGGUCUCGAACCAUGUCCAUGGCAUCAACCAUUGCACCAGAUAGAACAUUGAGUGUUCAGAGCCAAGCUACUCAAAGCUCGUCUGGUCAAACAACACUGGUAGCCAGAGAUUCGCAGCGCAAAGUUCCAGUGGUUUAUCCUGCACUACUUUCGCUUGUGGCUGAGAUCUUCAGAGAGAAGAUCUCACUCGGCGAGCGUCAGAAGAACGGUCUUUCUUAUCAAAACGCAUUUUCGGGUACCGAUUCUGUCGAUUUGAUUGGCUCCAUCAUCCGGACCAACGAUCGUAACUUGGCUCUUCUUCUUGGCCGUGCGCUGGAUGCUCAAAAGUUCUUCCACGACGUGACCUACGACCAUCGCCUCCGAGAUGCGCCUGGUGAAGUUUAUCAAUUUAAGGAAACCAUGGGAGAAGACAAGUCCACGGCUGAUGUCAAUGGAGUUUUCACACUCCUGACUGAAUGCUAUUCUCCAACCUGCAAUCGAGAUCAACUUUGUUACUCUAUCGCUUGUCCCCGACGACUGGAACAACAGGCUAGGCUGAACAUCAAGCCCCAGCCCGUGCUCGGAGCGGGAGAUGCCACCACCGCGCCCCCAGACGAUGACGAUGAUACCGACAAUCAAAAGCUGUGGAUCAGCACGGUCUCUAAGGACAUCUCCGAUUCUGUGGACGAUCGUGAAAAGAAGCGCCAGGAAAUCAUCUUUGAGUUGAUGUAUACCGAACGAGAUUUCGUCAAGGAUUUGGAAUACUUGCGCGACUUCUGGAUGCGACCCUUGCGCGCUGCGGGGACUACAACACACUCGCCAAUUCCAGAGCAUCGGCGGGAGAAGUUCAUCAGGACCGUGUUUGGCAACUGCUUAGAAGUCCUCAAGGUUAACAGCGCUCUGUGCGAAGCUCUGAACGCCCGGCAAAAAGAAAAUGCGGUUGUUCAAACCAUUGGUGACAUUGUCUGCCAACAUGUUCCCAACUUCGAUCCAUUCAUCAAGUAUGGUGCCAACCAACUUUACGGCAAGUACGAGUUUGAAAAGGAAAAGGCGUCCAAUCCGGCCUUUGCCAAAUUCGUGGAAGAUACAGAACGUCUCAAAGAGUCUCGAAAGCUGGAGCUGAACGGUUACCUGACAAAGCCUACCACUCGUCUUGCAAGAUACCCGCUCCUGCUCGAGGGUGUUUUGAAAACCACUGCGGACAGCAAUACUGAUAAGGAAGAUAUCCCUAAGGCCAUCAAGAUGAUCAAGGAUUUCCUUUCGCGUGUCAAUGCUGAGAGUGGUAAAGCAGAGAACCAUUUCAAUCUUGUUCAGUUGAAUGCUGCACUCAAGUUCAAUACCGCAGAUUAUGUCGAUUUGAAACUUACGGAAGAAAAUCGACAAAUGCUCAUGAAGAUGGCUUUCAAAAAGACGACGGCUGACAGUUCCGAUGUCACGGCAUAUCUCUUCGAUCAUGCUGUUCUCCUUGUUCGUGUCAAGGUGGUGAACAAGCGUGAAGAAGUCCGAGUCUACAGAAAACCUAUUCCUUUGGAGCUGUUGGUGAUCGCUCAAAUGGAAGAGGUCAUUCCACGACUAGGUAUCGCUAAGCGACCAUCCUCCAGUCUGCUGUCCAACAAACCUGUUAUCAACAAUCCCCCUCCUGCCAAAGAUGGUGGCCUGCCAAUCACCUUCAGACAUCUUGGCAAAGGUGGAUAUGAACAAACCCUGUACGCGACAAACUCUGCCACGCGGCGGAAGUUCAUCGAAGCAGUUGAGCAACAACAAGAAAAAUUAUGGGAGAGAAACAGCAACUUCUAUAACAAGACGAUACUGAGUGAGGGCUUCUUUGCGGCGGUUAACCGUAUCAAUUGUCUUGUCCCAAUAGAUGGGGGUCGCAAAUUGGUCUACGGUACUGACAAUGGUAUCUUUGUGUCUGAACGUUGGCCCAAGGACAAAUCAACCAAGCCAAAGAAGGUCCUCGAGGCUACCCAAGUCACUCAAAUUGAUACUUUGGAAGAAUACCAACUGUUGUUGGUGCUUGCUAACAAGACACUCUCCUCUUAUCCUAUGGAUGCUCUCGAUCUCUCCGAGGGCCAGAAUACCAUGGCAAAGCGUCCAAAGAAGAUUCAGGGCCAUGCCAACUUUUUCAAGGCCGGAAUUGGACUCGGACGUCAUCUGGUCUGCUCGGUCAAAACAUCUGCUCUGUCAAGUACUAUCAAGGUCUACGAGCCAAUGGAUAACCUUGCUAAGGGAAAGAAAAAAUCGGCCGUCAGCAAAAUGUUCCAGAGUGGUCAGGACACACUCAAGCCAUUCAAGGAAUACUACAUACCUGCAGAGUCUUCUUCGAUUCAUUUCCUUCGCUCUACUCUCUGUGUCGGUUGUGCGCGUGGCUUUGAGGUUGUCAGUCUCGAAACAACCGAGACACAGUCUCUCUUGGACCAAGCAGACACAUCCCUUGACUUUGUAGCACGCAAGGAAAACGUCAAGCCAAUUCAUAUCGAGCGCAUGAAUGGCGAAUUCCUCCUCAACUACAGUGACUUCUCGUUCUUUGUCAACCGCAAUGGAUGGCGAGCUCGUCCAGAUUGGAAGAUCGCCUGGGAGGGCAACCCGAACGCAUUCGCACUCUCCUAUCCCUACAUCCUCGCGUUCGAACCGAACUUUGUCGAAAUCCGACACGUUGAAACCAGUGAAUUGACGCACCUGAUGACCGGGAAAAACAUUCGCAUGUUACACAGCUCCACUCGCGAGAUUAUUUAUGCCUAUGAAGAUGACCAUGGCUAUGACACCGUCGCCAGCUUGGAUUUCUGGACUAAUAAACCCCAACAACAUGUGUAA